AUGCCCAAGGAAUACUUCUCCCCCUACGCCCCGCGCAGACCGCGCUCUCCAAGGCUGGUGCUGAUUUGGGUGUCGACAUUCGUAUUCAUCCUCUGGAUGACGUGGUACAUCGCGACGCGGCACAAGGAGCGGGCGGCCCCCUACGUUGAGGAAUUCAUGCACCCGGGGAGGGGACCGAGGAGGGUACAGGAGGCUGGUGCGGGAAGUGAGCCGGGCCGCAGCUGGCGGUUCUGA